AUGGAGGUCAGGAUGCUGUCCGCGCUGGGCAACUCGCAGAGUGUUUGCGGGAGUGCGCGGGAGCGUGAGCCCCUAGCACUUGUCAGGGCCGCUAGCGUGUGCACUGGAAUCAUGCUCUCGCGGCGGGGGCUGCGCAAGCUGAAGCAAGACCCUCCGCGGGUCGGGCGCCUGUCCCUGCCUGCCAUGGACCGUGCGCGGUGCUUCCGGGCCGUCCUCCUCCUCCUGGCCCUGACUGUGCUCCUGUUGGCCGGCUUCCUGCACACGCACGUCCAGCUGCUCACGCCGCUGUUCAGGGGCCGGGCCAAGGGGCUGCCCGUCACCAACAUCAUGUUCCUCAAGACGCACAAGACAGCCAGCAGCACCGUGCUCAACAUCCUCUACCGCUUCGCCGAGACCCACAACCUGUCUGCGGCACUGCCCACCGGCUCCAGCUUCCACCUGGGCUACCCCUGGCUCUUCCUGGCACGCUACGUGGAGGGUGCGAGUCAGAACAGCAUUGGCCCUCCGCGGCGCUUCAACAUCAUGUGCAACCACCUGAGGUUCAACCUGCCUGAGGUGCAGAAAGUCAUGCCCAAGGACACCUUCUACUUCUCCAUCCUGCGAAACCCCGUCUCCCAGCUGGAGUCUUCCUUCAUCUACUACAAGAACUACGCCCCCGCCUUCCGCCACGUGGAGAGCCUGGACGCCUUCCUGGCCGCACCGCUCGCCUACUACGACGCCAGCGCGGGGCUGGACAACGUCUACGCCAGGAACAACAUGUGGUUCGACUUCGGCUUCGAUCACAACGCGCCGGCGGAGGAGAGCUACGUGCGCGCGCGCCUGGCCGACGUGGAGCGGCGCUUCCAGCUGCUGCUCAUCGCUGAGCACUUCGACGAGUCCAUGGUGCUGCUGCGGCACCGGCUGCGCUGGCAGCUGGACGACGUGGUCGCCUUCAGGCUAAACGCGCGCAGCGCGCGCUCCGUCACCAGCCUGGCACCCGAGAGCCGCGAGCGCGCCAAGCGCUGGUGCGCGCUGGACUGGCGCCUGUACCAGCACUUCAACCGCAGCUUCUGGGCGCAGCUGCACGCCGAGCUGGGCCCGAGCCAGCUGCGCAGGGAGGUCGCGCUGCUGCGGGCGCGGCGGCAGGAGCUCGCCGCCCUGUGCCUGGAGGACGUGGCCCCCAAGAACAAGAUGCAGAUCACCGACCGGAGGCUGCGCCCCUACCAGUCGGGCAAGGCCGACAUCCUGGGCUACAACCUCAGGCAGGACCUGGACAGCGCCACGCUGCGCACGUGUCAGCGGAUGGUGCUGCCCGAGAUCCAGUACAUGGCCCACUUGUACUCGCUGCAGUUCCCAAACAAGCCCCCCAAGAACAUCCAGUUCCUGGAGGGGUAG